GAGGAAUCGCCAACACAAAGAAUGGAAGGCAAAUCUGAAGAAGUGCAGAGGUUACGAGACGAAGAAGAGGAGCGGAAACGGAUUCGCGAGCACUACGAUCGCCUCAGAGAGAAAGAAAUGGAAGCGAAUAGAAGUCCACAUUCUCUUACACCUGGUGCCGUAAGACGCGAACCGCAUCGAGUUUAUGCGUCACCAAACUACGGUUAUUCUCCUCAGGCCGGAAUGUCGACCAGUGUUCCCGAAUACGACUCCUACGAUCUCAUCGACAGAUACCACCUACACCGCUACCCAGCCCCAGAACCGCCAGCGCCGAAAAGUUGUGCUGUCCCAACACUUGGAGGGGUCACCGCCACCUACCAUACGAGAGUUACCUAUGGAGGAAUUCCGCAACCACCGCCCUACCACUACGCCAUGCCAAGGUAA